CGUUGGACUCUGAAGGCAAGAGUGGACGUACUGGUGGCGGGAGUAUAAGGACCCACUUUCUCUGUGUGUUUGUGUGUGUGUGUGUGUGCUUGCUCCUUGCCUGUCUUGUGGUCGGUCAUGGCGGACGAUGCUGGUCACGAGGUCCUUGUGCCUGCGAAGGGCUAUGAAGUCGUUGAAGACGUUGUGAAUUCUGGGAAUGCUGGAGAUGCCGACCCGGCUGGAGAUGCCGCCCCGGCUGAAGAUGCCGACCCGGCUGGAGAUGCUGACCCGGCUGAAGAUGCCGCCCCGGCUGAAGAUGCCGACCCGACUGGAGAUGCCGACCCGGCUGGAGAUGCCGACCCGGCUGAAGAUGCCGACCCGGCUGGAGAUGCCGAUAGUGCGGUCGCUGCUGCUUACACCAUCGAAUCCAUUGCUUCCACGCCAGCCACCAACGUCCUAACAUCAGCCGCUAUGUGGGGCAAGCUGAGUGUGAAGAAAGGCCACAAGUUCAUGUCAUCGUUCAGCUCGCGAUUUGUGCUCGCGCUCCGUGAAUCGCCUCCUGCGCCGCAGAUGCUGCUUGUAUACAAGAAUGCCAAGGCCAAGAAGCCUGCUCACGUUCUCGACCUCUCCAGCGCCACCCUCGAUGCCUCGCCAGCGUCGGCCGACGACGGCUCGCUCGCCUUUGCCAUCCGGGCUCCCAACCCGUCGUCGUCUGGCAGCCUCACCGAGUUCCUGUUUGUGGCCGACUCGGACGGCGCCCGAAACAACUGGAUUUCGGCGCUCAGGAAUCUAGCGGCCUCGCCGGUACGCUCGGCAUCGCCACCCUCGCCAUCGGCUUCCGUCCCAGUCUCGCCGUCGGUCGGCAUCCGUGCCGCUGACAUUCCCGAGACCGAGCCGCUGCCCGAAAGGCCCGCCACUGUCUCGGCCCAGCUCCGCCGCGCCAACGUUGUGUCCAAAACCAACCCCACCGUCCUCAUUUCGGUCUCGGGUGUGACUCAGGUUGAGAAGAAGAAGGAUCUCAUCUUCACCAUUGCUACUGUCACCUCAUUGCCGGUCUAUCGCGACAGGCUGCCGGCCCAGUCACGAACUCACGGCAUGGUCGAGUUCACCGUCUCGCGCGUCGCCAACAACUUUGAGUGGCUUCACGACGAGCUCAAGGCCGACUUUCCGUACAUCGUUCACCCUGCUCUCCCGUCCAAGGAGGCGCUGGCCUUUGGCAACUCGCAGUUCCUGCAGGCUUCGUACGAGUCGUACCUCCGCCGCCUCGCCGCUCAUCCGGAUCUCGCCGCGAACCCCAUUCUCGUCCGCUUCCUUACCUCGAUGGAGGCCAUCGAGAAGCACAAGCGCGUCAAGUACAAGCCGGCCAAGGACCUCGACGGCCGCUUUGCAUUAGAUCUCGAUGCUGCUAUCGCCUUUGGCAAAGGUAUCAAGACCAUCCGCGCCGCCCUCGACAAGAUUGACUCGCUCUCGCGCAAGACCAUCCUCACCCUUGACAAGACCGCAGCUGUACUCUCCAGCAUUUCCGCGCUUCCGCCGGCCAUUGUGCCCGACAUCGGCGACCUUGUCCGUAGCACAGACUUCACCGCCGUCGUCGAGACCCACCUUCUCGCCUCGCAGCUGUUCUUCGAGCUCGAGCUCGGUGAGUACUCAGGUCUCACCCGCUCAGUCACUCACGCACUCACUCCGCGUAUGCACGCAUCGACUGCCCUCCGCAAGGCCGACUCGGCCGUUGCUUCCAAGCAAGCCAAGUACGACAAGCUCUUUGCAAAGUCGGGCGAUAACGACGCCAUUGUCGCUGCACGCGACGCGCUCCGCGACGCCCAGGCCACCCGGCAGAAUGCAGAGUCACAGCUGGAGGCUGCCACAGAUGCUACAGCCACCGCUCUUGCCCGCUACAACCGCGACAGGGUCUUUGACGUUCGCGACGCCCUCGUCAAGACCGUCUCGCGCACCAUCCGCGCCGCUCGCGAGCGCCAGGGCCUCCUCGCCGGCCUUGCCGUCCAGCUCCAGGCCGUCUCCUUCACUCCCCGCUCCAAGUACGCUCUCGAGCGCGCCCGAGUCCUCUACUCGGCCCGGACCCACCUCACCCGUGGCAUCAACAUCUUCCACACUUCGGAUCCUAUCGCUGACUCGCCGAACGCCUUGUUUGGCACCGCCGGCUCGACCGAUUCGGACACCGAUCCCGCCGCCGCCUCCUCCACUGCCACAGGAACAACCGCUGGUACAGAUACUACUGCUCCUGCUCCUGCUCCUGCUCCUGCCUCUACUCCUGCUGUAGACCCCGUUGACGACGCUGACAACGCCGCCAACGCGGGCCCAAACGUCGUCGGAGGCUCGUCAUCACCAGCUGAUUCCGAUCCCGCUGAUUCUGACCCCGCUGACCCUGUCACAGACCCUGCUGGCCAACCACUCCGCGACUCUCCCAUCAACCCAUUUCUGUAGCCCGUAAAAUGAUACUC